ACAGGCCCGUGAAGUCCCAGCACGCACCUGCAGCUUCGGGCACGCCAAUGAACUGUGACUCGCAGGCAUUUGUCAUGAGAGCAAGACUGGGCCUGAAUCUCCAGGCCCCCGUGAACAGGGGCUGCCUCCCCUUGCCCAGGGCCCAGAAUACCUUUUCCCGGUGACACCCCCGCUCCCGCUGUGGCCAGGGCGGGGCCGGGGGAGGGGCUGCCCAGGAGCCGCCUCAGAUCCAAGAUGUCCAGUCCCCUGGAGCAAGCGCUGGCUGUGAUGGUCGCCACCUUCCACAAGUACUCUGGCCAAGAGGGAGACAAGUUCAAGCUGAGCAAGGGGGAGAUGAAGGAACUUCUGCACAAGGAGCUGCCCAGCUUUGUGGGGGAGAAGGUGGAUGAGGAGGGCCUGAAGAAGCUGAUGGGUGAUCUGGAUGAGAACAGUGACCAGCAGGUGGACUUCCAGGAGUACGCCGUCUUCCUGGCCCUCAUCACAAUCAUGUGCAACGAUUUCUUCCAGGGCUCCCCAGCACGGUCCUGACGCAGAGCUUGUGGCUCCCUGCUAUGGGUCUCUUCGGCCCAGGAGGACUCUCUAUCUUUUUAAAUUUUACUCAAUAAACUCCUUUUGCUGGUUGACAGUA